AUGUUUUCACCGCAAUUUCUUGCGGCUUUCGCCUUACUGGCAGCCGUAACCGCUAUACCGGUUUCCGACAAUCCAUCAUUAUUUCCGCAACCUAUCACAACAAUCGGUGAUGAAGUGGACGAUUUUUCAUCAUGGUUUAGAGGACCGUGGGAUAGCUUGUUCAGUUCCGUAUGGAAACUAAUUCCAAGUUUCGCCGACAUUGGUCCAAAGAUAACGGCUGAUAAUGAAAAGUUCAAGGUCGUUGUUAAUGCCAAGAACUACAAGAAGAACGAUCUGAAAGUGAAACUCAAAGACGACUUUAUCUUUGUCCAAGGAUCACACGAAGCGACUCACGACGACAAGGAUGUGUUCGCCAGCCAGUUCUUCCACACUUACUCCUUGCCGGUCAACGCUAGUGCUGCUGACGUCACAGCGGAGCUCUACAGUGACGGUUUCCUAGUCGUUACUGCGCCGUUUAAUGGGGCCGGUGAUAAGGAACCUGUCGAUCGGGAGGUGACUAUCACUGAAGUUGGAGCGCCGUAUAACAAAGAAGAAACAUCGGGCGUGGAAAAAGGUAGUGAACCGUCUCCAACAGCGCUACCGGCAGCUGAAAACGAGGGAGAGAAGAAGGAAUUGACGACGCCAUCAGACCGCGAAGACAUAACCGAAAAAGAUAACGUCAUUCCCCAUGGAAUCGAAAACCAACCCUAA